AUGAAUUUAAAAAAAGUAUUAAACUAUAAUUUUUUUUUUAUAUCAGUUUUAUUUUUAGCAAAUUCUCUUAAUUAUCAUAAAAAUACUUGCAUGAUAAAUAAUAUUUUUCGAAUUAAUUCAUGCGGUGUAAUUAGUCGCUUGCUAAAAUCUAAUUCAAUUAAAAAUAAUAUAAAUCAAAAAAUAAAUUUUUCUUCCCUAAUUUAUGAUUUAGAAAUUUUCAAAAUUGCAAACUUGGAUUUAUUUCAAAAGGACAUUUUUAAUAGCAUUAACAAAAAAAAAAAACCUCAAUCAUAUAUAAUACAGAAAAGAUUAAUGAGUGAAAAAGGGGAGAAUAAUAGUUCACCAGAUAAGGACAGAAAAAGAGGUGGUCCAAUAGGUUCAGGUGGAAAUACUUCCCAAGAAAAAAAAUUAAAGUUAUCUUCUGAAAGCUUAGACCCAUCUGCAUUUGAUGAUAUAACAACAAGAGAAGAUGACAGCGGAAAUAAUGAAUCAGGUGACAAUAAAGUAGUUCCAAAAAUUAACUACAGAACUGAUUACAAGCCAAGUGGUUUUAAAAUAAAUAACAGCACGUUACAUAUAGAAAUUUAUGAUGAUCAUACUACAGUAAAAUCUACCUUAGAUAUAGAAUUAAGUGAGCACUAUGAUGGAGAAGAUUUAGUUUUAGAUGGUGUUGAUUUAGAAAUAAAAGAAAUAGCUAUAAAUGAAACUAAAUUAUCUGAAGGAGAACAUUAUAGAUAUGAUAAUGAGUAUUUAACUAUUUUUUCUAGCAAUUUACCAGAAGGUAAAUUUAAAUUUUCUUCUCAAGUAACUAUACAUCCUGAAUCUAACUUUGCCUUAACUGGUUUAUACAAAUCUAAAAAUCUAAUUGUUUCUCAAUGUGAAGCAACAGGAUUUCGUCGUAUAACAUUUUUUAUUGAUAGACCAGAUAUUAUGUCAAAGUAUGAUGUAACAUUAACUGCAGAUAAAAAAAAAUAUCCAGUAUUGUUAAGUAAUGGAGAUAAAGUAAGUGAAUUUGAUGUUAAUGAAGGAAGACAUGGAGCAAGAUUUGUUGAUCCUUAUUUAAAACCUUGCUAUUUAUUUGCAGUAGUAGCAGGAGAUUUGAAGCAUUUAAGUGAUACAUAUGUUACGAAAUUUUCUAAAAGGAACGUUGAAUUAUAUGUAUUUAGUGAAGAAAAAUAUGUAUCUAAAUUAAAAUGGGCUUUAGAGUGUUUAAAAAAGGCUAUGGAAUUUGAUGAAAACUAUUUCGGUUUAGAAUAUGAUUUAACCAGAUUGAACCUAGUUGCAGUUUCUGAUUUUAAUGUAGGUGCAAUGGAAAAUAAAGGAUUAAAUAUAUUUAAUGCAAAUUCAUUAUUAGCAUCCAAAAAAAAAUCAAUAGAUUUUUCAUUUGAAAGAAUAUUAACAGUUGUAGGUCAUGAAUAUUUUCAUAAUUACACUGGAAAUAGAGUUACAUUGAGAGAUUGGUUUCAAUUAACUUUAAAAGAAGGAUUAACUGUUCAUAGAGAAAAUCUUUUUUCUGAACACACAACUAAAACAGCCACAUUUCGUUUAGAUCAUGUAGAUUUAUUAAGAAGUGUUCAAUUUUUGGAAGAUUCAUCACCAAUGUCACAUCCAAUAAGACCUGAAUCUUAUGUAAGUAUGGAAAAUUUUUAUACAACAACAGUAUAUGAUAAAGGUAGUGAAGUUAUGAGAAUGUAUAUGACUAUUCUGGGUGAAGAAUACUAUAAAAAAGGUAUGACUAUUUACAUAAAAAAAAAUGAUGGAAAAACAGCAACAUGUGAAGAUUUUAAUGAUGCAAUGAAUGAAGCAUAUAAAUUAAAGAAAGGUGAUAAUAAUGCGAACUUAGAUCAAUUUUUAUUAUGGUUUUCACAAAGUGGAACUCCACAUGUCACUGCUACUUAUUCAUAUGAUGAAAAUAAAAAAGAAUUUACUAUUCAUGUAAGUCAAUUUACAAAAGAAGAUAAUAAUCAAAAAGAGAAAAAAGCCUUAUUUAUUCCAAUAAAAGUUGGUCUUGUCAAUCCAAAAAAUGGAGAAGAAAUGAUUGAAGAAACUACCCUUGAAUUUACAAAAGAAAGAGAUGUUUUUGUUUUUAAAAAUAUCGAAGAAAAACCAAUUCCAUCUUUGUUCAGAGGAUUUAGUGCCCCAGUUUAUAUUAAAGAUAAUUUAACAGAUGAAGAACGCAUUUUGUUAUUUAAAUAUGAUAAGGAUUCAUUUGUUAGAUUUAAUAUUUGUACAGAUAUAUAUAUGAAACAAAUUUUAACAAAUUAUAAGGAACUUUUACAAGCUAAAAAUGAAGAUAUAGAUGAACCUGAAUUAACACCUGUCAAUAAAGAUUUUAUUAAUGCUAUUAGGUAUUUAAUGAAUGAUUCAAAUGCUGAUCCAGGUUUUAAAUCAUACAUCAUAACUCUACCUCGUGAUAGAUAUAUUAUCAAUUUUAUAGAUAAUUUAGACACAGAUGUAUUAUAUGAUACUAAAAUGUUUAUCUAUAAGCAGAUUGGAAAUGAAUUAAAUGAUGAUUACUUUAAAAUUUUCAAGGAGUUAAAAUCUGAAGCUGAUGAUAUGACUCAUUUUGAUGAUGAAUCUUAUGUUGACUUUGAUCAAAUAAAUAUGAGAAAAUUAAGAAACACUUUAUUAUCAUUAUUAAGUAGAGCAAAAUAUCCAAACAUUUUAGAAUACAUCAUGGAACAAUCUAAUUCACCUUAUCCUACAAAUUGGCUUACGAGUUUAGCUGUUUCUGCAUAUUAUAAAACAUAUUACGAUCUUUAUGAAAAAACUUAUAUUCUUUCUAAAGAUGAUGAAUUACUUUUACAAGAGUGGUUAAAGACUGUAUCAAGAUCUGAUAGAGAAGAUAUAUAUGAUAUUAUUAAAAAACUUGAAACGGAUGUUUUAAAAGAUAGUAAAAAUCCAAAUGAAAUUAGAGCAGUAUAUAUUCCAUUUACGAACAAUUUAAAAUACUUUAACGAUAUUUCAGGAAAGGGUUACAAAUUGAUAGCGGAUGUAAUAAUAAAAGUUGAUUCAUUCAAUCCUCAAGUAGCAACUCAAUUAUGUGAUCCAUUUAAAUUGUGGAAUAAACUAGACUUGAAAAGACAAAAAUUAAUGCUUGAUGAAAUAAAUAGAAUUCUUAAAAAAGAUAAUAUAUCUAAUAAUUUAAAAGAGUAUUUAUUAAGAUUGACAAAUAAAUUAUAA